AUGGAAAGUCACCGGAAUUUUGCCACAAACACCAUCGGAUUUUGCUUGCUUCCCUCCGAGCUCAUACAGCACAUAAUUCUCCGGCUAGCCUUGCCGGAGAUCAUUCGACUGAAAACCGUGAAUAAAUCCAUUUUCUCGACUAUCUCCGACGAAGAUUUUGUCCGGGAUUACAAUCUCCUUUCCAGCUCCGCCACGUGGCUGUUCGUCUACCGGAAGCGGUGGAGGCGCGACGCGGUGCUCCACGGCUUCACCGGCGGUUCCGACCGGUGGUUCAAGAUUCUGAUCGGAGAUAUGUUGAAGCCGGUGAUUCCGCCGGGUGAAGAUGUUUAUUUUUUGACUGCUUCGGGUAAUAUUUUCCUGUUUGCUUUGAACACUAGCCAGGAAGUUAUUUCCGUUGACAUUUUGACCAGGGUAGUUAAAAAGAUUCCCCCAAGUCCUCUAGGACCACGUGGCACUUCAUCGUGGCGACGAUCGGGUAUGAAAUUACUCUCUUGUCCUCGUGAGACAAAACACUUUCGAUUUUUAUUUUCUGAAAUAUGUGAAAACGGUCCUGUUUUAUUCGAGUAUGAUUCCAAAAUUGACAAAUGGUACUCUUGGGAAGCAGAAGAAGUUAUUGGAGAUUUACCACAUAGUCUCAAAAGAGAUAAUUAUAUAUUUUUAAGCGCUUCUAAUAGUCGUCUUGGAAGCACUAUUAUCGCAACCGGACCUCAACGUGACAAAACUAUGAUUUUGCGUCCGAGAUAUGUCGAAAGGGAGAAUGAGGGUGGUCAUCUUGUAGUUGGGUUUAGUUGGAGAAACGCAAUGAACCGACUACAUGUAUACGGUGACGCAAAUAUGCUGAUUGUCACAUCAGAAAAUGCCUGUGCCACUGGUGAAUUAGUGAGGAUGUUGAAGGGCAUAGAGUUGUGGGGGUUGAGCUCAAAUGGGAGGAGAUGGGAAUUGGUUUCAAGGCUACCAAAUGGUCUAAUUGAUAAAAUUAGAAAGCCAUAUGGGGCUAUGAUGGGAUGUAUGCAAGAAAGGGAUGGCAUAAUUAGGGCUAUCUUGAUGUCCAAUUUGGAGGGCUCAUGGAACAUAAUUUGGCUAAGUUAUGAUAAGAGAUUGGACCUAUGGGAAUGGCUUCCUUUGCCUGAUUCCCAAAUGAAGGGUUCAAAUUUAGCUGGAAUUACAUUUUCUUCUGGACUAACUUUGUCUUAG